AGACUGUCAGAGUUCAAGAGAGAAGAGCAGAGUCGUGCUAGCGAGUCCGUUCACAUUAAACACGCACCUGUUCAGCGACAGGGGCAUCAUCAAACCUUGUUUUCUGACUUUCAUCGAAGCGGAGUGCUGAGACCGAGAUUUUAGAAAUGACAGACGCAAUAAUUCCCAACGGAUGCAAGAGCAACGGCGUUGUUGAAAAUGACUACUUCAGAAAGGGUUGUAACCCCUUGGCUGAGACUGGCCGCAGUAAGCUCCAAAAUCAGAGGGCAUCCCUAAACCAGCAAAUCAUCAAAGAGAUGAGAAUGAGAGCUGGGGCAGAGAAUCUCCUCAAGGCCACAUCGAAUAACAAAGUGCGUGACAUGGUUGUGCUGGAGUUGAGUUAUGUGAACUCAAACCUGCAGCUUCUUAUGGAACAGCUGGAGGGUCUUAACAGCUCAGUGGAGGUUUACCAGAAUUUAAAAGGCACGGUCAGCAUCCCCCUCAUCCCGCUGGGUCUGAAGGAGACUAAAGAAGUCGACUUCUCCGUUCCUUUCAAGGACUUUAUACUUGAGCAUUAUAGUGAGGAUGGUGCUAACUUUCAGGAUGAGAUCGAUGACCUCAUGGACCUCAGACAGGCGUGCCGCACCCCAAGCCGUAACGAGGCAGGCGUACAACUGCUGUCCAGCUAUGUGGCCCAUCUCUCCCUGGUAGAGAGCCGAUUCUUCACACCCAACCGUCAGAUGGGAAUUUUCUUUACAUGGUACGACUCCUUCACAGGCGUGCCAGUGUGUCAACAGAACCUCUCGCUGGAGAAGGCCAGCCUCCUCUUCAACACAGCUGCUCUCUACACCCAGAUUGGCACACGCAGUGACAGGCAGACUUUCUCUGGCCUCGAGGAAGCCAUCGCAGCCUUCCAGAAAUCCGCCGGUGUUCUCCAUCAGCUGAAGGAGACGUUCACACACACCCCGAGUUAUGACAUGAGCCCAGCCAUGCUGAGCAUGCUGAUAAAGAUGAUGCUGGCGCAGGCCCAGGAGUGCCUGUUCGAGAAGAUCGCGCUGUCUGGCAUCCGCAACGAGUUCUUCAUGCUGCUCCGAAUGGCACAGGAAGCUGCAAAGGUGGGAGAAGUGUAUGAUCAGGUCUAUCAGUCAAUGAUCCAGACGCCCAUUAAGGACAAUGUGCCCUUCUUCUGGUCCACAAUGGCACAAGUGAAGACCUACCACUACUGCUCUCUGGCACACUACUUCGUCUCCACCGCACUAUUGGACCAUCAGCUAAAGCCUAGUGAUGAUGAAGAUAAGCAGGAGAAGGCUCUGUCUCAGCUGUACGACACCAUGCCAGACGGACGCUCACCUCUAGACAUCCUGCGUGAUAAAGAAGAGAGGCGACGUAUAGGUAAGGCACACCUGAGGCGUGCCAUAAUGAACCAGGAGGAGGCGCUGCGCAUCCAGGGCCUGUGUCGUCACCUCCGUAACAUCGACAUUCUCAAGGACAUCCUGCAGGCCAGCCUCAAGCGCUCGCUGGCAAAGUUCGAGCACAACACCACUGAAGGCGAAUUCACCGAUUACAUGGAGGCUCCGGACAUUAUCUCUAAAACUGAGCACAGAGCAGAACCAGAACUCCCUGCCGCCACUAAGGUGAAAGUCAAAGACUUCUUCCACCGACUGGGCCCGUUGUCUGUGUUCUCAGCGAAGCAGAGAUGGACGGCGCCGCGCACCGUCCGGCUGAAGAUGGAAGACCGAGACCUGGGCUUCACCCUGAAGGGUGACGCACCUGUCCAGAUCCAGUCACUGGAUCCGCUUUGUUAUGCAGCUAUGGAGGGCUUGAAAGAGGGAGAUUACCUGGUUGCUGUGGGCGACACAGACUGCAAAUGUAUGGGCGUUAGUGAUGUCAUAAAACUGCUGAAGGAUGUGGACGAGGAAGGCGUCGACAUUAAAGUCGUUAGCAUGAUGGACAGCAGCAGCCAGCCAAUGCCAACGAAAAGUGCCACAUACUCGGGAGGCCUGCCCAAGACCUACUCCAUGAUCUGUCUAGCCUUUGAUGACGACAAGAACCCAAAGGCACGCAAGGUGGCCAAGAAGCCGUCGCUCCUCAGCUGGGGCCUGAAAAACAAGCAUAAGAGCGCCAGCACCCAGAGCCUCCCAACAGGAGACUACAGCGCAGCCAUGUCCCUGCACAAACAGUCCUCCCCCCUCCCUAGCGCCUUCAAUGACAGUGGCCUCUACUGAGUGUGCCCGGCGCAAGCAGACACACACACACAACAAAGCUGUCUGCGGCUUAGCAUUCUACCCUGCAGAGAGGGAGAAAACAGGUUAUAAAAUGCUAAAGAGAAAACAAAAAGGCUUUUUGCACGGGAUCUUUAAGGUGAGACUUGAGUAAUGUCAGAAGCCUACGACAUGGUGUUUCUUUGGCUAUAUUUGCCAAUAAGAAUUUUAUAAGCCUGUGGGUCUUUGGCAUAAACAAAACCAGUAUUCCCCCUUAGUUGAUGGUUAACAGAAGCUUUUUGAAAAAUGUGUACCCAUAUGGGUGCUAAGAACUCUGUAGAAUACAUUUUGUAGACUUUUUGAACAGAUUGGAACAUGGUCUGAACGUGGAUAGUAUUCCCAGUAGCUUUAAGUAAAAGUGAAGGAUGCUGUUUUUACUGGUCACAUGAUGAGUGGUGCUGAUGCUGGAAAUCUGUUAUUUCUGCAUUUUGUUGUAUUUUUAUACCGAAAAGUUGAAAACAAUGACCAGUAGGAUCCUCAGUUAAGUGUGUGACGUUUGUUUGGGUUACUACGUGUCGGCCAGAAACAACUGGACUCCAGUGCCCUGGGGCGUUGGAGACGGCGCUAUUGACACACCCUUCUGUGUUGCACAAAACUCUUUCUGGAAUUCAUUUUCUGGAAUCUCUGUUUUGGAAUUUUCCCUCAGCUUCUUUUAGGGUGUGUAAGAUGUAAAUAGAAUCACACAGCAGAUUUCCAGAAAAAUGAAUCUUUCUACACUUGUCAGCCGCCUAUAGUCAUCAGGCGUCAGCAUUUUCUCUCGGCGCGAUGUUGCCAAAUGUACCACUUUUAAUCCUAAUGUUCCUGUAAGAAAGAAAAGGUUACUGAAUUCCAUCUCAUGUCAGAUCCUUUGACACUGCUGGGGGUCUUUUAACCCUAGGUUCAUUGUUAUUACGCACUUCUGAUGGUCUUUAGUAACAACAAUAAACUCACGGUUAUACAUUAUACAUGCUGGGUGUAUAAUGUAUAUUAGGCUUCCUGAAAUGAAAGUUGGGGCGUUCUAAAGCAUAGAAAUCCAUCAUACGACUGUUGUUCUGGAAUCUUCUGGCAGUAUAAUGUGAAAUGUGAUCGUAAGAGUCAGGAUUGCAACAUGAAAAAGACAUAACGUUUGCUGUAGUGUGAAUUGUGAAGCACAGUCCCCAGAGCCCUUUUGCUUUAAAGGUCAUGUAUUUAUUGUUGUAGAAUUUUGACUGUUCCUCAAGACUCUGGUUGUGCUUGGGUUAAAUAUAUGACCAAACUCUCGUAUGAAGGAUUACACCCUCGUUCAGAAUAGACAGAUAAUUCUUGUUUUUCACUUUUCCUCUUUUAAAAAAAAAAUGUAUUUGCUAAUGCUUCUUGAAGUGUUAGGUGCAUCUCACUGUCUACAAAGUAGAUUCUUAUACACAUUUGAUAAUCAAAUAUUUUCAAUGCACAAAUAAAAAGAUCUAUAUAAAUAAAGUAAUGUAUUCAUAUAAAGAUUUUAAUAUUUAGGUAGAGUGAAACUGGCAAGGUGUGUAUGUUAAUGUGUAAGGUGUAUAAUAUGUUAGAGUAGAUUUUGAUGCUACAAGUGAGUUGGUUACAUCCAUCGUGUUUCCUUAGUUCAAACUGAAUUCUUAAGUGCUUUUUUUUUAAAAAAACAAAACACAUUUGUGUGCAACUAAGUAUUUGAAUUUGCAACUUCAGUGUAGUGUUCUGUGCCCCCCCUCCCCCAAGUCUUUGUCAUUUUUUAAAUAUGUAUUAUUUUCUAGUUCUUAUAAAUGUUGUGUUAGAAACAUCGUUCUGCCAAGUACCUUCACUAGGCCAGCAAUGUAGAAUCGUCUAUGCAAAUAUAUUAAGUUUUAAUUUUAAAAAGGAAAAUUAUUCUUAAAUAGUGAUGAGAUUGUGUAGGUUGAUUUUAUUGCUCCUAUUUUGAAUAUUAUAAUAGCAUACUAUUUUUAAAAAGCGCAUAUUUACAUUUAGAUUUUUAGGGUUAAGUAUUAACAUACUCUUGAAGUAAAGUACUGCAGUCAAGGGCAACUUCCACGUGGUUACUCUGCCCAGGGGCUUUAGCACAAGGGGUCUGUCUGUAAGCGGGUCACGUUCCUCUGUGGCUCCACCCCCUCCAUGGGCUCUACCUUUUGCUCACUUCUGUCACUAUACUGUUUAUGCGCAGUUGAAUUGUGGCCGUUUUGGUGAUGUUUUAUUUGAUCAUGUUUUGUUACUUCAUAUUGUAUUCAUGUAAACCUGAAGCUAAAUAAA